AAAAAAAUGGUUCGUAACUGCCCCAGCUCAUAAUUUAGUGCUGGAUAUUUGGCUUUUGGCGACGACAAAUUGUAAAAUAAGUGUUUAUAUCAGUUAAAAUGUCGGCAAACAAGAAAAUGUCCCGAUACCCUCACGACGCCAAAGUAUAUAUCGGAGACCUUGGCAGUAACGCUAGCAAACAGGAGAUUGAAGAUGCCUUCGGUUACUAUGGAACACUUCGCAGUGUUUGGGUCGCUCGGAACCCGCCAGGAUUUGCAUUUGUUGAAUUUGAGUCGGCACGCGAUGCAGAAGACUCGGUUCGUGGUUUAGACGGCAGAACAGUUUGUGGCAGACGAGCUCGCGUUGAGCUUUCUACUGGAAGAACUGCGCGUUCGAAGGCAUCAAGAAGCUCGAGAGGACGUCCCUUUAACUCGUCAGAUCGCUGUUACGAAUGCGGAGAUCGAGGACAUUAUGCGCGAGAUUGCAGAAACGGUCGUUCUCGUCGUCGCAGGUCCCGUUCUCGUGGCAGAAGCUACUCGAGAUCUCGUUCCCGUUCACAUUCCAGAGAAUAUCGCACGCGAUCCAAGAGUUAUUCACGCAGUAAAAGCGUUGAAAAGAAACGUGAGCGUAAAAGAUCUCGCUCCCGUUCUGAAGAUUAUGAUCGUCGUGCCGAAAAGCGUUCCGUCAGUCGUGCGAGAUCCGAUUCUCGUGGUGAAAGCAAGUCACCAAGACGUUCCGUGAGUCGUCACCGAUCUCGUUCUGCAUCCGUCUCAAAGGAAAACGGAGCGGAUAAGUAAACGUUCAUUCUUAAUCAAUUAUGUUUUAAAAAGUAUUUUUGUCUUCUCUGCUAAAACGAAGGUUUCUCUACACACGAAAAAUUUUCAUCAACACUUAAUUAAUUGUAAAACUUAACUUGAUAUCAGUAUUCCAUGACAGUUUUAGAUAUAAUUUUAAUUUGUUUAAGAUUAUAAGAUGAAAAAAUAAAUAGGAAAUAAAGAAUCGACGUGAAUAAACAAAAAUAAACAUUG